CUCUAUUUUUGAUUGUAGGCAUAAUCGUUUUCUUCAUUCUGUUAUACAUCUGAGAAAGGGCAGACAUCCAUGGAUAGAGAGAAGUUCCAGCAGAAGGCUCUGAAGCAAACUAAGCAGAAGAAAUCCAAGUCGGCUGAAUUUCUGAUGGUAAAAGAAGAGAAAGCAGCAACAGAAGGGAUUGAAAAUCCAGCUUUUAACAUCAGCAGCAUAGAUCUUUCAGCAUAUCAGACUUCAGAAGAGAAAGUUAUUAGACAUGACAAGCUAGAUAGCACCCUUGCAGCUCACCAACAAAAACUCAGGCUGCAAGCCCAUGCUGAACCAAGAGGAAAUGAAUACAGCAGAAAUUACUUUGACCCAGUGAUGGAUGAGGAAAUAAACCCAAGGCAGAGUGGGAUGGAGGUCAGUGGAGAAGGUGAGGCAGAAUUAAUGCCUAUGAAUUUAGAUGAGAAAAUUCUCUAUGGUGAACUGAUGAAACUUCUAGAUGAAGAGAAUAAAAUGGUGGAAUAUCAAGCAGCCCAUGUCAUCUGUGAAGAUUUCUCAGAUUCAGUAAGGCCUGUCAGCUUCACUAAGACACUUGACCUUCGCAAGGAGGUUGAAGAUGAAGGGAUUUCUCCGUAUAUUGAACAGUUUGAGAAAGAUGUUCAGGAUGACAUAAUUCUGCUUGGCAGCUUUGCACUGGAACAGCUCUCAUGGCAGAGUGACUUUUCCAACCUGUUGUAUAAGGGCAAAAUGACUCCAAGCCUUCCACCUCAGUUCUGGAGAGUUGCAGAACCACUUGAAGAAACGAGUGCUCAUGACUUAAAAGUUCAAAAGGAAGUUCUUCAUCACAACAAACAGAUGUUGCACACCAGAUUCCAUAAACCCUUUCAGAGAAUAGAAAGUCAGCCAUUGCAAGUAGCACAGAAUGCCCGCAAACAUGAAAUUGCAGCCAAGUUUGGUAACCUCGCAGAAGUGAAUAAUGAAUCAAAUGGAGCAGCAGGACUUUGCUGGAAGGUUGACCGGUACAAAACACCUCAGCCCAUUCAAAUCCAAUUAAGAUGCCUACGAGGGGCCAAAGACAAAGUGCCCAAGGGCCGCUACACCCUCAAGGUUUCUUUGCUCAGUCGUCUAGGGGGUAGUGUACUUAAGUGGUCCGAACUGAAGGAACAACAGUGGGCUGCAAUGACAUUGCCUAUCAGCCAUGAUGGAAACUUCUAUGAUGUGGAAAUUUGUUUCGACCAAAGUGUCUAUACCGUUCUGCCUGCUAGAAAGGAGGUGAAACCAGGCAUGAUACUCCUCUUUGAACUCUUUCUUCUUCAUGAGACCAAUACUUACAUCGACCGUGUUGUAGGAUGGGGCGCUUUUCCUUUAUGUGAUAAUAAUUUCAACACUUUACAGGGGAAGUUUAAAUGCCCUUUUCUCAGAGGCCAUUAUGAUUCAAAAUUUGACCGCUUCAAAAAAAUUGAAAAUUUGAUUUCAUUGGAUUUAGACCACUGGUUGUGCAACCUCUAUUUUCAGAUUAUUAAACUACCAUGGUAUUCAGAUGAGCAGAAGACGUACGAGACAUGUCUCCAGCUCUCACCUGAAUUUCUUGCUUAUUCGAACAUUACUGAGAAGAAUGGAGAUUCAGACAAGAUAAAAAUAUCUGGACCACAAGAUGAUGGAUUCAGAAGUUCAUGUCUACAUCCAGGCACUCGCUCAAAAUGCUCCUUAGCAUCUUUUCAAGGGCAACCUUUGACCUCUUGGAGAGAUCCUGACACCCAUAAGGGAAGUAUUCCCACUGUUGUAAAGGAAGUGGGAAAACAGUUUAAUGCUGUGAAAGGAAGGGAAGAGUGUGUGUCAAAAGAAACUGGGAGGAAAAGAGAAGAGUUGAGUUUAAAAUGUUUUCAGCAGGCAGAGGAGGCAAUGGAUGAGUUUAAAUUAAAAGUGAAGGAUCAAAAGAAGCCUCAACAAAAAGGAAGUUAUCCUUGUCAAGUUAUCUCAAGUGGUUCACAUAAAUAUUAUGAUUUGGUCCCAAUGAAAGAAGACCAAGGUAUCUCUUACAAGGUCAGUUCAAGAGAGGAACAGAUGCAAAAGAGUUCUCCUCCUUUUAUUCCAGGGAUCACCAUUUUACUCUUUUUGAAACCUUCCUCUUUUAAGAUGAAUCAAAGUGAUCCAAUUGACCAACAAUGUCAAGGCAAAUCAAGUCCUGGAACCAGUGUAGCAGCAGGAGAAGGGGAAGCAUCUUCACCGAAUGCUUUUUAUCUGGACGAAUUAGAGAAGUAUAGAUUCUCUGUGUGUUGCCAUUCUACCGUUGAAGUGAGAGUGUCCAGAAGGAUCAUUGAGCAUUUCCAUUUCGGGGUGUAUGGAGUCUUUUCAGAACUGGGAUUGGUGCAAUGGCGUUCUUGGGACUUCUGGUUCAUUAUGCUGCUGGUAGUUUUACUCUGGUUUGUGCGGCUUUAUCUGCAUUAUUGUAGUCAAUGGCUCGUUCUUCAAGCCAUCUCAGUUCCUGUUGCAAAGUUCCAGCUCUUCCCUCACACUGUGGAACUCUGCUAUCAGAAUUCUUUGCUGCUUACCAGAGAAGAGUUGGCCAUGGUUGUGGUGGGACCUCUAACCUUGAACGCAGUGAUGCUUCUUAUGGUUCUGAUCAGAUGGGGCUGUCAGCAACUGUUUGACUCAUUCCCUUCCUUCUUGUCAAAGUUUAUCAUGGCUAUGGGACUCUGGACAGUGCUAGACCCCUUGGCAGUGUUUGUAGUGGAUGCAUUCCUGGGGCGACUUACCUAUAGAGCAGAGAAGCCCAUUGCUGAUGCUGCAAAGCUCUACUGGCUCUUCUCAAGAACAGAGCAAUCGGGAAUUCCUGGCGCACUGAUUACAAUGAUGCUUUACACAAUUUUGUUCAUUAUUUCAUCUACAGUAUUGUCCCUCUACUUUCUAAGGCUGCACAAUGAAGGUUGGUUAUUAGAUGUAUUUAAACGCACUCACAGUGAUGAAGGCACAUUCUUCAUUCCAUUAGACCUAGAAAUCUCUAAUCAGGAAUUGAGCUACAUCAUGAAAAAGGCUGAACAAUGGAGAGGCAUCAAUGGUGAAAGACGAAAGGUGGCAGUGUAUGAUUACAUCUGGAAGGACAAUACCAGCAAGUCUGGUGUCUCCAGCUAUGACCUACAGCAUCAGGAUGAAAUCUCCGAAUGUGAAGCUCACUCAGGAGAGAUCACUGUUCAUGUGUCUAUAUACACGGUUCACCUCAGUGGCUUCCAAGAUCUCUAUAGACAAUUCCUCAGACUGCCUGAUGGGGCUAUUGUUGAGGCAUUUGAUAACAUUAGUGGGGUAAGUCUUUUAUAUGAUGAAGUGAGCACAACCAUUCAGGAACAUCUAAGCGAAAUGGACAAUGUGCUGGGAGCCUCUUCAGUUAUCAAGCGGAGGGAAAGAAAAAAGAAUACAGCAAGGUGGAAAGUCUUUCCAGAAAAGCCACAAACUGUGCGGACUCAAGCUUCUCAUAUUCAGGUUGUCCCUGUUAAUUGA